GCGGGACAGAGAUUUCGGACUGAGUUAAAUUUCAUGUUAUGUUACUAUCUUGGUUAUAGGUUAUGUUAUGAACAUGUUCGUCGGUGAUUUCUAUUUUGACUGUUAAAUCAUAGUUUUAGUUAGUGUUUUUUAUCUGUAUUAUGAAAUAAAAAGAAUAUCUAUUUAUUUAAAAACAUGUCAACAGUAAAAGAAAUGGAUUGGAAGGAGCAGUAUGCAAUUGCUGUCAAGAAGAACAGAGAUUGGCGUGAUCUGUAUGCACUUAUAUCAGGAAGAAAAGGACGGCCGUCUUUGGAUUAUGUAAAAAAGGAAUUAGACAACAACAAAGAUCGAAUAAUUUCAGGCUUGACUUACUUUCAAUCACAAGAAGUAAAACCAUCUUCUAGUCGAGACAUGUUCAAGGAGUGUGGCAGUCACUGGAGUAAAGAGAAGAAAACAGACAUUACGGCUCCUUUCCUUAUGAACAAGCUUCAUUCAAUGACAGGGAUGGAAUCAGGCUUAGCUUGGGAAGUGCUGUCCAACUACCUGCAAUACGCUUUCCGAGGCCCACCAGACAGCCUACAGAAAUUGUUGGCCCAAAACGAGGAGAAGGCACAAGCAGUUAUUGCUGAUUUGUUCUGUUUUUAUUAUAGAGAAAGGAUGUUCAUUUUAAAAAUUUUGUAUCAUAUCCUGACCAAUACCACUGGUGACUUAUACAGCGAUGUAUUCUGCCGUUUUAUCAAGGAACACGUCAAGUUUGACACACUGUACGAAUCCGUCUGUAAACAACUUAAGUUGGUUUCACAAGCUCACCAGCCCAACUUAAGUUGCCUAAAUCAUCUGGCCGCCCCACGUUAUCUUACGUUCUGGUCAGAGCACAACACUCGUGAGCGAGUGCAGUUGGUCAAGCUGCUGAUCAUAGCACUCAGGCAGUGCCCUAGGGACGUGUGUACGAUAGCUCAGCUCCACCAAGUGCUCCAACUUUUAGAGGAAUCAAAAAUAUCAGAGAGAGAAUUGCCUACCCGUUCCAAAGAGUCUCCAUACAAGACACUUCGCAGAUUUUACGUCGUCCAUUUCAUCCAACUAAUCAGUUUUGAUAUGCUCAACGGGGACGACUCCAGGCUGUGUGACAAGGACUUGUUCACGUCUGUCAAUGAGAAGGUGAAGUUGCUGGUGGACAGGAAGGCGGAGGAGGGGGCGGCGCUGCUCAGUGUGUGGUUCAUAGUGCACCACCUGACUCCCUUGGGCACUCGGUCGCAGGCCAUGAGAGAGCUGAUAGCACACACAGUCCGGGCAGCCAAUCCCUGGCCAUACUUCAGCUCUACUCUCACCUGUCCUGACAUUCUGGAUGACAAAAUGAUCAGUGAGGCAGUUUACUACGCUCUAUACCAAGUGGCAUUCCUGUCUGUGGUGAAUUUCGGACUGGACUAUGUGCGCUGUGACGACUUUCACAGGUUGGUAGCAUUGCUGGUGCGGGACGCCCGGGUCCUUAAACACUUCUGGCUCACAGAGAACGAUGGGCUCCAGCUGGUGCUCAGAGAAUGUGAGAGGUUCUUCCCUGUUGUCUGGCGUCCUGUCUUUGACAUCUACACUUCCAUAGCGUCUCACAGCGAGUUCUAUGUCAAUCAGGUAGAAAAAAGAGUGGAGCGGGAGGUGAAGUUUACUCAGCUACAGACGAGAGUGAUCAAUAUGGAGUCCCUUGGGAACAAUGUGUUUCGCAGCCUGGAGCCUGUCCAGCCGUUCGUAGCUUCCGACAAGAUAGUGAUUCCUGUCGGCACCCGCUGUGUGAUAUCCGGGGAAACCGAUAUCUUCAUCCACUGGGACUUCUCAGUGUCCAUCUGGCAUGUGGUCAAGGAAACAUUGUACAAGUGGUCACAAAAGAUGACACAGUAUCCUAAGCCUCCGGAAGAAGAGAUGUUGCUGUUGCGGUUAAACGUCUUGUCCGUACUAUCAUUCUACAAUGAAAUGUUAACAAACAGAAAAGAACACAAGAAAAUUGUGUUUUUCGCUGUGGAUGAAAUGUUUUCUCGAAUAGAAUUGUACCAUGAGAGGAAAGACGCAGAAAUGCUCAACGCCUGCCUGAAGACAUGUACACUUCUGCUCAAGUACUACCCGAAGGAUGUUGUGAUGCUGUUGGAGGUGUCCAGAGCCAUUCCCGACAUAGACAAGGUUGUGUUGGACCAUGUUCAGUGUGCCAAGGGGGACUACUAUCAUUCUAAUGGGGUCAAGACCAUUCUGGAACUGGUGGAACUCAACUCUGGCAAAUUCACAGUCCUUGUGUCGUACCUUGAGUUCAUCUAUAAACUGUUUGAGUUACCGUCUGUCUUCGAGUCGUGGGCAGCUCUAGCCGGAGUACAGUUUGUGUUGAGAGACGUCUUUCCCCACUACAACCAGUGGAUAUUCGCAGACGAGAGACAGCGGAUACGCAUCGAGUGGCUGUGUAUCCAGAUUAUCCAGUGUGUCCUGGACGUCACGUUGGAAGAGAUCUAUCCUCCGGAGACCAGUGUCAUGACACAGGUGGAGGGUAAAGGAAAACAACCCCUCACUUGUAUCAUGCCCACCAAGAACCUCUUUGCCAACACGGCCCUUCACCAUCUGCUGAACUGGGAGCCAGCAAUUGCCCUCAUCCACGUCGUCUCUCUGGGGGAUCAACAACUGUUCUCCUGGGUGGAGAGUUUCCACAGUUGGGAUGCCCAAUGUUGUCUGGAGCUGAUCAGUUCUGUCCACUCCGCGCUCUCCAUACUCAACAAGUGUAUACUGUUCAAGCAUACACAACAUGAUGAGAGGAUGCUGACGCGACUUGAGAGGGAGAUCUACAAGGAGCCCAAGGAGACUGACACGUACAGAGUCGUUAUCAAUGUGGCAGGAUAUGUAUACAACUUCCUCAGCCCUGAUGUUAGGUGCAACUCCGUCAAGCUUUUGUCUCGGUUUGCCGAUAAUAGACAUCAGUCGCUGAUGGCCUGUAUUGGGAUGGAAGCCAACACCAUGCGUCAGAUGUAUCUCAAACCUCUCUACUCUUCCACAGAGUCUGAAGAAAUCAAGAUUGCAGUGCUGGAGCUCGUCACCGAAUGUAUACACAAGCAGGCCAGUCUGGCCGAGGCGUUCCUCAAUGCGCUGGAACUGAAGGAAUGUGUACAGAAGAAGACAGGGGAGGAAUCAGAGGGUUUUGUACACAUCGCAUUGGCCAUCAUCCGCAAGCGCAAGGAGACGCCCAACGACCGAGCGUACCUCGCCAGUGUGCAGCUGCUACACGCACUGUGGCACGAGAGGCGUACACUCGUCAUAUCCUACAUCAGAAUGAGAGACAACUUCUUCACCAACUUUUGUUAUCCACUGUUCCACAUCACAGAAUUGAAAGGACAAGUAGCUCCAGCUUAUGCGUACAUUCUAACUUGCCUGGGCACAGAAAUUUAUUGGUACAAAGAUCAAGUUCAUUCUGCACUCCAAAAUUCCAUUGGAAAUCUCUUCAAGAACGAUCAACUCAUCAGGCUAUCUUUGUAUUGCACUGAUCAACUUCAUGGAGUGAGUUGGGAUGAGUCAAUAGACAUGGAAGCAGAUCCAACACAUUCAGCAGUUAGCACCAAGAUAUUGAUUGCUUGGAAAGAGUUUGUUUACAUCCUAGUGAAGUCUUUCCCAGAGAAAGUGAAAGAGUUAGAAGAUGAAAAAAUUAGGAAGUUAAAAGGACAAGAGGUGGACAAAGAGAAUGGAGUACAGAAGACCUCAAAAAAGCAGAAUAGACGAGAGACAUAUUCUUUGAGGCGUAUUCUGUGUAUACAUGCUCUGAAUGCUUUAACCAAUGAGAUAAUUAGACAGGGCAACAUGCUUGCAAUAAGCACUCUAGCAGAGCUGUACCUUUUAUUGGUUACUACACAAGAACUGGAAAAGGAUUUGGAUAGGAAUCUUGCAGCACUCAAGAAAAUCUCCUCAAUCCUGACACAGUUGCCACACCACUACAAACUCUUCUCGGAAUCUGCUAUGUUCAACAUUUUAGCGUCCUGUUGCCGAUUCUUCGAGUCGACUGAGUUCAGUCCAGAGGAUAUCAUGAGCUCAGAUUGGGCAAUGCACAUGGAGAGGAUAAUACGAGCCGUGUGCAGCUUGCUGUCGAGGGAGCUGGGUAUAUUUCUCACAGAUAGGGAGAAUGAGCGAACUAAAGCGAUCCUGCCCUCACUUCUGUGCCUGGGUAUCAUCCUGGGACAAGAGGUGGGGGGACAGGCCUUGCAUCUGUGGCAAGAUCUCGUGGCGAAGUACCAUAUUGCCUCCCAGCUCAUUGAAACUUCUGCUGCUGCACUACAGAUGGAAGAGUUACCAGAGUCGUGUCUUCUGAUGCUUGAGCUAUUGUCGGAGCUGGUCUGUGACAACAACUGGAGCCCCAGACAGGCUGAUGUCCUGGAGUUACACUCUGUCUGGGACAGUCUUAAGCCUCCCAUCCAGGAUUUGUUUGGUCCUUUUCCUGUCUGCCUUGAGGAGAAGAGCCUGUUUGAAGCUACCAACUGGUGUUCAGUGUACAUGAGAGCCCUGAACCUGGUGACUGCUCUGGUCACACAUUCCUCCUCCAACACACGGGAACUGGGCUUCGACUUUCUGUACCAGCACGAGAAGUUCAUCUGUGACAUAUUUGAGUUUAAAGACGAUUCACUGAAAGAAACAGCUCUAGAGCUGGUGUCAGCAGCACUAAGGCUUCUCUGGCACGUCAUACAAGCCGUAGUGCCGUGGAACUGGAAACUGAAGACUACUCUGGGAAGGAUUCUGGUGAAAGUGAAGCAAUAUGUGGCGACCGUGGUAGACCUGUUGGGAGACCCGGACUCGCUACUCAAACGGAGAGCUCUAGCUCAGAAUCAGAAGUUUCCGUUACCAGAGCUGAAAGGAAAAGACAUGCACUUGGAGCUACAGCAACUCCAAUCUAGACUGCUGGGUAUGUUGGUGGAGAGCCUGAGUGUGCUGACAGAGACAUGUCCUCUACACAGUGACCUGUUGUCAGCUGACAGGCUGGGACUGCCCAUGUUCGUAAUACAUUUUGUAUCUUCUGCUGUAGACUGCUGGGUAUGUUGGUGGAGAGCCUGAGUGUGCUGACAGAGACAUGUCCUCUACACAGUGACCUGUUGUCAGCUGACAGGCUGGGACUGCCCAUGUUCGUAAUA